CACCGCCCCCUUCUUCCCCCCUCAUAUGGUGUCUGUAUGCAAUAACAAAAAAUAUACAUACAUAUUACAUACACUUAAAUUAACAAAAAAAAAACAACAAAUAAGGAGCAUUACAUUGAGAAUCGCCUCGAUCGUUACUCAAUUCCUGCGAAAAAUUGAUUCUUUUGGAUUGCGCUUACUCGUUUCCGUUUAGGAGUUUAUGCGAAUACAUUUGGCACACGUGUGCUUCUGUAUAUGGUGGUGAUCAACCAUUGUCUGGAUUAGGGUUUUCAAUUUCGAGGAAUUGGGAGGGAUUUUUUGGAGGUGUUUCAUUAGUGGGUUAUUGUGGGUUUUGUGAGUUGCUUUCUUGGGUUAAAGUUCGGUUCUUUAAUUGGGGAGGUGAUAUGCUGGAUUUUAGGAUAGAGGCUGGAUUUGGGUUUGGGGGAAUUUGAGCAAUUUGGGGGGGAGGUUUUAGGGUUAGGGUUCUGGGUUAUUUGUGGGCCAGGAUGGUUCAGGAGCCUGAGCUUGAAGAAGGAGAGACUUGCUAUUACAAUGAUGAUGCAACCAUUGAUCCUGAUAUAGCUCUCUCUUACAUUGGAGAGAAGGUUCAGAGUAUACUGGGCCAUCUGCAGAAAGAUUUUGAAGGCGGGGUUUCUGCGGAAAAUUUGGGGGCAAAGUUUGGUGGAUAUGGCUCGUUUUUACCCACACAUCAACGCUCUCCUUCAAUUUGGUCGCAGCCAAAAUCUCCACCAAGAGUUCAAAAUUCCCACUUGCCUAGAUCUCCCAAUGCCUGUCCAGAGGGACCCCCCCAAAAAUCAAUCACACCUUCGACUCAUAGGGAUGAUGCUUCUUCCUCCCCCGGUGCGCGUGCAUCACAGACCUUGAAAACCUCCUCUCACAGACAAAAGGCAACCUUGUCUUCGGGUAAAGUUACCGAGACAUUUCCAGGAAAAAAUGAACUUCCUUCUAGUAAGUUAGGCAAUCCACUAGAUCAAAGAACACUGAAGGUUCGCAUCAAGGUGGGACCCGAAAGGGUGGCUCGCUAUAAUGCUCAAAUUCACAGUCUAGGGCUCACAUCUCCAUCUUCCUCGGAGGGAAACAGUCAUGAUGAAAGUGAUGAGUUACUGAUCGAGACUUGUGAGAUACCUAAUGAAUCUCCUGCCUACAUGCUUAAGACGAUGACUUCUUUUCCAAUGUCCGAUGGGUUUCUUCUUUCACCUCUGUGUGAAGAUUUGCUGAACUUAACGAGAGAAAGAGAAUAUAAGUUAGAAAGUGAGCAUGAAGCUGCUCCCAAGAAUUCUGCAAGGUCGAUUAAGAUCUUGAAUAACGAUGCUCUAAGGGGGAAGAAGACAAAGACUAUUGACAACAAAUUGAAAGAUAACCUAGAGGAUCUUGAUGGUUGUGAGCAGAAAACUUCGCACGGUGAUAAUAUGGAAGGCAACAUGCAGCCAUCCCACGACUUGAAAUGCAAAUCUUUGCCUGAUAGAGUUAAGAAAUCGGAUAAGAAUGUCCUAAUUAAUAAGAGGGUAAGUAAGAAUAGGGAAAAAGGACGAGCUGUUUCUGGUGAUUCGGUUAAGGAUUUUUCCUUUGAACACAGUUCUGGCCAAAGUCAUGGCAAGCAUGAGCAAGUGGAAUCUCGAUGCACUUCUCUAGAGAAAAUCGAGGAACACAGGGCUUCGAUUUCUCAGAAGGAUGUUUCAGUUGAUCACGGGCAACUUGGCAAGAGCGGAGGUAAAGGAAGUUAUCCUUCAUUCAAAGCUUAUUCCGAAGGUGAAAGGAUUGAAAAUGCUAUGGACGACUCAACUUUGAAAACUGGUCUAUACGAGUCUGAUCCUCGUCCUGUGGGGAGCUUAUCUGUUGAAGGGGGAAAAAAGUUGAAAGUACGUCAAAGUAGUGAAAAGAAAGCUUUGAAAUCGGAUAGUUUGAGGGAUGGUGACUCUGCUGUACCCAAAAAGAAAUCCAGUGCAAGGAAGGAUGCUCAUCUUGGCCGAAAAGAUGCGGUUCAGACAAGUUUAGAACAUAUGGAGAACCCGAAACAUUUAUUGGAGAGGGCCUCUGUUGAUUCGCCUAAGAACUUUAAUCUUGAUGAUUUGAAGGCGAAAUCUGCACUUGCUGAUAAAUCGAAGGAGAGUUUAAGUAAUAAGAAAUAUAUAGACAGUGUGCCAGCUAACAGCCGCAUGGUAGAGCCUCCAGCUGCAGCAGUACCAGUGGUAAACCCUGUGUUUAUAAAAGAAGAGUGGGUUUGCUGUGACCGUUGCGAGACGUGGCGUCUUCUACCAUAUGGCACAAAUCCGGACCAACUUCCUGAUAAGUGGGUAUGCAGCAUGCUAGACUGGCUUCCAGGAUAUAAUCGUUGCGACAUUAGUGAAGAUGAAACUACAGCAGCUCUUCACGCAUUGUAUAAAGUUUCUGUCCCUCAAAAUCAACACAAUUUCCAAGCUCACGCAAAUGGAACCGUGAACGGUGGUGCAGCUACUACCAUUACUGCUCACGAUUUGAAUCAGAACCACCAGAACUUUGCGUCUGAUCCAAUAAAGAAGCAGAAACUGCAAAAAAGACAGAGUGCAGUUAGAUCGAGUUAUCCACUUCAUUCUAAUAGUCAAAUGCAAAUGCCACUGCCGGAUCUGGAAAAUGGUGGCACAAAGGAUGUGAAGCCGUCUCUUGCAAGAGGAAAUUUUACAAACCAAAUCGAUAUGCAGCACCCAAGUAAAUCAGUGUCUGGUUUGGCCAAACUAAAUAAACGAAAAGGAGAUCAUGUGGCAGGAGAUGAUUCGAAUCCGAGGAAAAAAAUCAAGCAGGAGGCGGGUGAGUGUUUACAGGGGAAGGGGCAAGUAAAAAGGACUAAGUCUAAAGAUGUGCCUAAAUUCGACAAUGAUCUUGGCGUGAAUGGCCACAGUGUGACACUGGAUUUGCCGAGUAAGGCAGCCUUGAGGAAUGGGAAGAAAAAGAGUUCCGAAAAGGAAGUUAUCUCUGCAGGACCGGGUAAUAUUAUUAAUGUGAAGCAUGAAAAAGUUAUGCACGAUGUACCACAUAAUGGGCCCCUGCGUGUGGAAACAUGUAACGGUGGACAGGUAACGGCCAAAAGGAUAAAAUUGAAGGAUAAUGUACAUAGCCAAGAAAGAAAAGUUUCGAUCAAUGAGAACAACAAAGAUGGUGAUUUUCAUAGAGAUAAGAAACUGCGAGUAUCUCAUAAUGAAGAUGAUGAGUUCAGAGGAAGUCGGGAUGGUGAUAUUUUGAAAAGAAGAAGUGUACAAUUGGGGGAUAAAGAAUAUCCGACAAAUAGGAGCAUCGAGAAGGAACAGCAGGUGAAGAAACCUAUAGCAAGCUUGCGUCUCACUACUGAAGAUAUAGAUGAACUGAGAAAGGAUUUGGGGUGUGAUCAGCCGUCAGUGGCUGCCACUUCAAGCUCCUCCAAGGUUUCCGAUUCCCGCAAAAACAGGCUUAGCUAUGUUGAGGUGAAAGGCUCGCCAGAGGAGUCGGUUUCUUCGUCUCCCAUGAGGAUGCUCUAUCCGAACCAGGUGUCGCCAAUGAUGACCGAGACUGCAGGGAAAGUCGAUCUUAGGUUCAAUGACGUUGGUGCAGUAAGCAGUGUGAAGAAGCAGGACAUGAACGAGAGUUCUGAAUUCAGCACAGUUAGGAGGAGAAAAUCUGGUCUAACUGUGGACAAUGGCUCAAAAACUUUAGAUUUGAAGAACAAACUGAAUAAAGAGACAGCUGUUGAUGACAACCAUCGUGCAUCCAAACAUGAAGUAUCUGGUAACACGAAACAUCCUCUCUCCAAUGAUUUCAGCCUUAAGUCUGUUAAAAACAGUCCAGUUGUUGUUGGUAAGAACAGUAUCAGAAAAUCGAAGAACAGCAGAAGUGAGAAGCAAUCUAUACACAGAGAACGUGAUAAGAAUGAUCUAGAAUCGAGCAAUCCCUGCAGCAGUGAUGCUGUGCAGCAGAGCCUUAAACAUGAUCCUCCAAGAAGAAUAGAGCAAAGUUCCGCUCCAAUUGAACCGUGGACCGGAAAGGUCCGCAUUGACCUGCGUCAGGGAGAUAAACAAGGUGCAGUUCGUCCUAGCAAACUUGCAUUGGGAUCAUUGGGUUCCUUGAAAAGAAGUCCUAUGGACUCAAGACCCAAUGAUGCUUCUGUACUUGGCGAUACAUCAAAGUCUCAAAAAGGUACUACUAACAAAAACAUUAAUAGUGAAGCAGAGCAACAAUCUUUGCCUCUCAAUGCAAGCCUUCGGAACAAGAAUGUCUCUGGUGCUACUGCAUCUACUUCUUUGAAAGAAGCUGAAGACGUCCUAAAAGAAGCAGAAGAACUCAGAACCCAUGCCGAUCUAAUUAAGAAUUCUGGUUUUAGUUCUGAAAGUAAUUAUGAAUACUUUAAAGCGGCCCUAAAGUUUCUUCAUGGAGCUUCGCUUCUAGAAGCCUGCGAUGCAGAGCCUAGCAAACAGAUGGAUAUGAGUCCAAUGCAAACGUAUGGUGCUGCUGCCCAACUUUGCAAAAUAUGUGCAAGUGAAUAUGAAAAAGGCCAUGAAUUCACCUUUGCUGCUUUGGCGUAUAAAUGCAUGGAGGUGGCUUACCUGAAGGUAGUUUAUUGCAAAAGCUCAUCAGCAUGCAGAUUUUGCCUAGAUUUGCAAUCGAGUCUACAAAUGGUUCCACAAGGUGAAUCUCCGUCAUCUUCUGCUUCUGAUGUUGAUAACUUAAAUAAUUUAGCAAUGGCGGACAAGGCCGCAUUGUCUAAAGGCAGUGGCCCUCAUGCUGCAAAUCAUGUUAUAGUGCCUCGCAACCGCCCCAACUUUGUUCGGCUGCUCGAUUUUACUAAAGAUGUCAAUUUUGCAAUGGAAGCUGCCAAGAAAUCGCAAGGCGUGUUUGCAGCCGCCCACGUCGAACUAAAAAAGUCUCAGAACAAAGAGGCUAUUGCUUCGAUCAAGAGAGUUAUCGACUUCAGUUUUCAAGAUGUAGAGGAACUAGUACGUUUGGUACGGCUCGCGUUCAACUCCAUCAACCGCCAAGGUCUCCGUGGCGAUAGAGAGUAGUCAAAAUACACAACCACGGUGUUUGCUCGUUGAUUCCCUCCGCCAGCGGCCGUCAGAGGAGGCUUGCCGGCGCAGCGCCACUAAAUCAGGUGAACAAAAACAAAACACACAACAGCUAAUUGUAUUUCUGUACAUGUGUACAAAAUGGGAUUACUUUCUCCAUUCUUGUAAAAGCAUUUUUGGUUGGGUUCUCCAUGAGAUUAGGGCAAAGCAUGCUCGAAACUCUGAUAAAACGUCGUCCGGGAACGGGUUUCGUGGGCGUCGAAGCCGCGAGAUUCGGAGCCCGUAAGUUUUGGUAUUGUAGGUUAUAGAUCAUUGAUAGGUUAGAUAAGAGUCUGUUAGUGUAGAUGAAGAUAACAUUAGUCACAUUUGAGAGGUCAAUAUAGAGCUAUCAUCAGUCCUUUCCAUUGAGGGACUAUCAAUAUUUCAUCAUCAAAUCAUCCACAUUUUUUCUGUAUAUUAGGGCUCGACGUUUUCAAGGGCGUUGCUCGUUUUAAUCAAAGAUCAUGCGAAGAUCAAUGGCCCA